AUGAGUAGCACUCCUAGUACUUUGAACAACCUAACGGCUGCUGAGCGGCAGGCGUUUUCGCAGCUGUUCGCCAUGGCCGAUCCCACGCACUCGGGUGUGCUUAGUGGCGAGGCUGCGGUGCCCUUCUUCGAGGGGUUUAAGCUGCCUACCAUGACGCUUGGCCAGAUUUGGUCGAUUGCGGAUAGCCAGAACCAGGGCUUCCUUACCCCUGCCACGUUCGGAGUGGCGCUCCGUCUCAUUGCGCGUGCCCAGCGUGGCGAGAGUGUGAACGAGGCUGCCGUGCAUACGCCAGGGGCGCCGCCGGUGUACGAGGGCGUGUCGUACGGCGCUGCCCCGGCUUCCUCGGCGGCGGCACCGCCCACGCCAUCCGCCUCGCUUAUUUCCGAAGAGGACAAGGCCCGCUUCACACGCAUCUUUGCGAUGGUCGGACCGACGCAGGGCAUACUGAGCAACGAACAGGCGAAGGAUGUGUUCCUGAAGUCCAAACUGCCCUACGAAAAGCUCGGCGCUAUUUGGAACCUGGCCGACACGAAGCAGCGGGGCAUGUUAGACCUGCCUGACUUUAUCAUUGGCAUGCACUACAUUCAGGGCACAAUGAACGGUACCAUCACCUCGUUGCCGUCUACGCUACCGCCAGGUAUGUACGAGGCGGCAGCGGCUGGCACGAGCCAUGGCAUGGCCUCGUCGCAGCCGCCUGCGACGCCGCAGCGCGGUAUGUCGCAGGACUCUAUGCAAACGUCGACGGUGCCUUCGACGCCGGCCGUUGCGCCCGCGCAAGCGCCGAUCUCGUCUGCCUCGCGCUCCUCGACGACUGGCCCGACUGCAGGCAGCAUGCCUGCGUCGUCGUCACAGACGACGUCAGCGCCGCUGCCGCCGACGCCUUCGAGCACCGGCUCCUCCUGGGCAAUUACGCCCGCUAGCAAGGCCCGCUACGAUGGCUUCUUUGAUCAGCUCGAUACGCAGCGGGCUGGGUAUGUCGAUGGCGGUGUGGUUGUGCCGUUCUUCCUUCAGAGUGGCUUGGAUGAGACGACGUUGGCGCAUGUAUGGGACUUGGCCGAUCUGACCCAGGACGGCACACUGACGCGCGAUGAGUUUGCGAUUGCGAUGCAGCUGAUUGACGAUAAGAUGGCCGGCAAGCCUGUGCCGGAGCAGCUGCCUGCCUCGUUGCUGCCGCCCUCGGCGCGCUCCAUGCCGAUGCCCGCGGCCGCGGCAGCGGCAGCCCCAGCAACGCAGCCGCCGCCACCGCCGCCUGCGCAGGCCAAGACACAGACGCAGCGCGAACUGUUCUCGCUCCUGGAUACCGAUGUGCCAUCCGGCUCUUUGUCGCCGUCGGAGGGGCUAUCGACGUUUGCUACGUCGCCGGCGAUGCCAGCGUCCGCGCCGACGCCCAGUAUGCAGCCGAUGCAGCCCACUAGCACCGUGCGUGCCGUUCCAAGCCAGGCGGCCGGAGCUGAAGGCGUCGCUGCAGUGGCAGCCAGUGUCGGUGUGGGGGCAGCCGUGGAUGCGGCGUUGACGCGGGAGAAGGAGACGGCGGUGCGUGAUCCGUUUGUGCCGGAGGACGACGACGUGUCUACCGCGCAAGUUGAUGAGGCCAAGGCGGCGUUGGCCGCGACGCAAAUGGCACGUGAUGAUGUGUCGGCGCGCCGUUCCAAGACCGAGGCUUCGCAUACGUCGAACGCCACGACGUUGGCGGAGCUGGAGGCGCAGCUGACGCGCGCGAAAAAGGAGCACGAGGCGGAAGAAGUGGCAGUGGCUGAGCUCGAGCGCAAAGUCCAAGCACAGGAAGAAGAGAUUCAGACGCUGCGCCAGAGUGUCAUCCGCGAAGAAAGUGAGCUGAGUGCGCUGCGUACGCAGCGCGAUGAGCAGGAGCAGAAGCUGCUGCAAGACCGCGAGACGGGCCAUGGCCUGAAGCGCCAGCUUGGCGAGCUGCAAGCUGAGUCGCAGAAGCUACGUGCUGAGCUGGAGCGUCUGGCCGGGGAGGCGAAGCGCCAAGCGGCGCUCAACGCGGCCGCGCACCAGGAGCUGAGCACGGCGCAGGACGAGCACACGUCGCUGCGUAGCUCGGUGACCAGUGCUGCGUCGGUGCCCAAGUCGGGCACGUCGACACCCUCGUCCGCUCGUCGUCUCAACCCCUUUGAGAUGAUGGGCAGCGCUCCGAGCGGGGCAGCCACGCCGACGCUGUCGCGCGGUACGCCGGCCGCGUUUGAUACGCAGUACGGCGCGGCAGCCUUUGCGACGCAAGCGCCGCCGCCGCCGCCGCCCGUGGCCAAGGACACGCUGGCGGCGCCGGCCGUCAUGUCGGAGCCACGUGAGAACACAACAGGCCAGCAGGGUGGAUGGAGUGUGCACGACGCGUUGACCCAACAGCCGCAGGUCGUGGCGCUGCCUACGCGUGAGUCCGUGUCGCAGGCGGUGGGUGUGCCGGAGUCGGACGACGACGAGGAGGAAGGUCCGGAAGAGGCGGAGGCAGCGAUGUACCGCACGCCGGAAGCGCCUUCGAUCGCGCACAUGCCUACGACGUCGCAUGCUACGAUCCCGCCGAUGCCUCCGUCAGGUCAUGGGGUGAGCGGCACGGAUCUUCCACGCGAUGCGUCGGCGAUGUCGUUGCCGGGCGGUUUCCCGGGCGAGCAGGACGUCGAAGGCCCGAAUAGCGAGACGCGUGUGGUGAAUGGACAAGCGCUGACGUACGAUGCGCCCGCGACGCAGCCAGGCAUGCCGACGCAUGUGGUCGACGCGCCUGUGCCUACGUCGCCGAGCGCCGAGGUGCCUUCCCAGCCGCUCACAGCCGCAAGUAUGCCUGCCGUUGCGCCGUCAUCGGCGUCGACAAUUGUCGUGCCGCCAUCAUCGGCGCCAGCGACGCCCAGCACCGUGGCUGGUGGCACGGCUACGUCGAACGACUUUGACGCGGCCUUCUCGCGCAUGGGCGUCGCCAACGUCGUUCAUCGUCACGGCACACCUUCAUCAGUAGCGAGCCAGCGCGGUAAUGUCCCGCCAGCCGUGCGAUCGCCGCUCUCGAACGAAGUGCCUACGUCGUCUGUGCCGCCGUACCUGCAGUCGUCGACGAUUGUGCCGCCGCCGCCGCCUGGCGGCAAUGUGCACACGGGCGCAACGACGACGGUCUCGAAGCCAUCGGGCAUUGAGCAGCAAGAGACGCCCACGCAGCAGCAGUUUGAAGACAACUUUGAGCCUGCGUCGCCCAACGCCGCCUCGAAUGUCGGCGCGGCGCUGGCCUCGGCCCGCGCGCCGUCGCCGCCCCUGCCUGGCGAUAUCGGCCCAGUGCGCCAGCUGUGCCAAAUGGGCUUCUCACGCUCGCAGGUGAUCCGCGCGCUGGAACGUAGCAACUACCGCACGGAACGUGCGCUGGAACGCUUGCUGGCGGACCAGGGCGACCGUGCGUAA